AUGAUUUCUCUCAAGUUGACAUUGGUCGCAACUCUGGCUAGUCUUUUUUCAGCGAGAGCGCAGAACCUCAUCUUUGAUUCAGGACGAAGUGGUCCGUCCCUCGAAGUCGUUCAUCUGUACAACGACCAGUGGCCCACGGGCGUUGCCGUAUCGUCAACUGGACGGAGAUUUUCAAAUUACCCCGGUGGUCUGGACCCAAAUAACACAAAUGAUGGUACCAACGGCAAGUACACGGUUGCCGAACUCUUUGAACACAAUAUCGAGAAGCCGUACCCAAGUGCUGAGUUCAACAAUCCACCUGGCGGCGCAAUCAACUUCACCACUACUCCUCCAACGGGCGCGAACUACAAGAACUACCUGAUUGGGGUUCAAAGCGUGGUCAUUGACAGUGCGGAUCGCCUUUGGAUUUUAGAUACUGGCAGGGUCUUGACACCUCAGGGCGUUCUCGUCCCUGCCAGCGUCGGUGGCGCAAAGCUAGUCGGCGUCAAUCUGACCACAAAUUCGGUCAUCAAAACUAUUGUCUUUCCCAAUACUGUCGCCUACCCGGAUACAUACCUGAACGACGUGCGAUUUGACCUGGAUCCUAGUCUAACCAGCAGCGGGGAAGGUGUUGCUUACAUCACGGACUCUUCGAGCGAGGGCCGGACAGGCUUGAUCGUUGUCGAUCUCGGAUCUGGUGAAUCCUGGAGGCACCUUGACGGAAGUCCUUACGUGCAAGGCGACCGACAGUUUCUCGCAUUUGUCUGGGGCCGUGAGCUCUACGCGAACCAGGCAGGCAAUCGAGCCGGUCAUUUGACCUUUGGUGCUGAUGGAAUCGCUCUCGGCAAAGAUGGCAAGACGUUGUACUUUGGUGGCGUUGGCAACCGAUACCUGUACAGUAUCCCCACGGAACGUCUACGAGACAAUGGUCCAACAUCAGAGAUACGAGCUCAAGCAGCAGUUGUGACGGAGAGUCAGAGGGGUCUUUCUGACGGUUUUGAGACGGACACGAAUGGAUUCAUUUACCACGGGAAUUUCGAGCAAAACGCAAUCAACUUCUUCAACCCCGAGAAUGGGACUGAUCAGGUAUUUUUGCGAGAUCCGAGAAUCAACUGGGCCGACACGUUCUCUGUUGCCACAGAUGGCUAUAUCUACUUCACAAACAAUCAGCUGGCAUUCGGCCCGGCGGUCUAUCCCGGGACAGACACAAGACAGCGUCCUUUUGGGUUGCUGAGGGCUAAACUUCCGAAUAAUGGCACCAAGGUUGGGUCUAAGAUGUACCUUACCGGGGGCAUAUGA